GAGGUGUCGUUUGGUGACCCUAGCUAAACGUAUUCACCCACUGGUGUGUCCGUUGUUCUUGGUUUGCCUUGCUAACGGCUACAUUAGCUAGCUUUAUAUAUAUUUUUUAAAUCAGCAAACAACAAUAACAUAUCAUCAAAUUAUGGAAGGUCGUGGCUACAGUUCAGGAGGAUACUCGAGUUGGGGAGGCGGUGGAGGGUCGGGGAGCCGAGGCUCAGACAACUAUGACCCGUAUGGAGGGGGCUACAAAGACUCCAUGUCAGGGAUGGGGGGCUAUGGAGGGGGGCACAAGAGGGCUCUCUCUGGGAGCUCUCUGUUGUCAACGGGGACCAGUGCAGACGCUGUCAUCGCUAAGAUCAACCAACGCCUUGACAUGCUGACCCAGCUGGAGGGAGGCAUGAAGGGCGGGGGGCGCAGCGACAGGUUUGACCAAUACGAGUCCUUCGACUCGCGGGGCCCCUCCUCCCUCCCCUCCCGGGAUCUCUACAGAUCCGGUAGCUAUGGUUACGGCGAUGGCCGAGGGGACAUGACCCAAAGAGCUUCAGGCUUCGGAGGAGGUGGUGGUCUAGGCUCAGGCUUUGACAGCUCCUCCUCCUACGGAGCUUCUAAGAUGCAGAGGCAGAACAUGAGAGACUCCUUCUCCAGUGGCCAAGGAGGAGGAAGCUGGGCCGGAGCAGGCCAGCGCUCCCCGAGAAGGGGGGGAGGCCGCGGAGGGUUUGGAGGCCGCAGAUCCGACCCCACUCCCAUGGGUGGAGGAGGUGGUAGGAUGGGUGGAAGAGGAGGCGGCCGGGGAGGUGGCGGUCACUCCCCCGGGGGUAGGGGCAAGCUCCCAUCCCUCCUGGGCCACCGCAUGCCCCCCCAGACCGGGGCCUUCCACCAGUCCGCUCAACAGGGCCGGGUCCCUGGGCACCAGGACUUCCCAGGGCGCCACUUUGGAGGGGGCCCCCAGGGAGGCCACCAGCGCGGGCGCAAGAGGCCCCUCAACCGACAGCAGCAGCCUGGUGGUGGUCAGCGUGACGGUCAGAAGAAGAGAAAACAGACACUGACCGCAGCAGAUGAACCAGAGUCCAAGAUGAACAAGACAGAGAGCGAAGGUGGAGAGACCGCUGAAGAACCAGCAGAGAACAAUGGUGAAGAAAAUGAGGCAACCAAAGCCCCGGCUGAUGGAGAGAAAGUGGUGUCGAUGCAGGAGGAGAUCUCUCAGAUGAAGAAGAAGCUCCAGACAGGGAAACAGACUCCUCCCCAGGACAAGGUCCCCAAAAACAGGAGGAAGAGGGGCGGCUUCCUGGAAAGGUCAGGGGUCACACUAACACCCAAAAGUCAAACCCAGAGGGUGACGUUUGCGUGCUCGGUGUGUAAGUUCCGUUCAUUCUACCACGAGGACAUGGCAGCCCACCUGGAGAGCAAGUUCCACAAAGAUCACUUCAAGUUCCUGUCCAGUCAGCUGUCCAAACCCACCACAGACUUCUUACAGGAGUACCUGAAUAACAAGUAUAAGAAGACAGAGCAGAGGACCAGUCAGAUGGAGAACCACUGUGCUGCUAUCUGUCAAGUCUACAAGGAACAGGACCUCACCAGGCAGUUGGGUAUGGAACACUUCAUGAAGAAGGUGGAGGCAGCCCACUGUGCAGCCUGUGACCUCUUCAUCCCCAUGCAGUUUUACGUCAUACAGAAACACCUCAAGUCCCCUGACCACAACUUCAACCGCAAGGGUAUGAUGGAGCAGUCUAAGAGGGCCAGUCUGUCAGUGGCUCGCAGCAUCCUCAACCACAAAAUCAUCGGAAAGAAGCUGGAGAGUUACCUCAAGGGUGAGAACCCCUUCCUCGGUAACCAGGAUGACCAGGACCCAGAGGACUCAAUGAUUAUGGAGGUGUCAGAGGCUGAGCUGACCAAUGAGAGCCUGGCGGAGACCAAGGAAGAGGCGGGGCCAGAGACAUCGCAGACGGCCACCGGGGCUGAUGUGGUAGAGGAGGAGAAGAUGGAGGAGGGAGGAGUGGCGGUAGCAGACGGAGGGGAGAAAGAGGUGCUAGCGGGAGGAGAGGGUGAGACGCAGGGUGAGGGGGAGACGCAGGGUGAGGGGGAGACGCAGGGUGAGGGGGAGACGCAGGGUGAGGGGGAGACGCAGGGUGAGGCUGAGGGAGAGCUGGAGCAGGGAGGAGAGGAAGAGGAGGAAGGGUUUGAAGUUGGAGAUGAGUUUGGAGAGGAGGAUGAGGGAGUGGAAGGAGAGCUGGGAGAGGAAGAAGAGGAUGAAGGAGUGGGAGGAGAGGAUGAGGGUGUGGUGGUAGAGAAGAAAGACGAGGACGCUGACGUGGUCGUCAUAGAGUGACCUUUACCCUCAAUGACCCUUUGACCUCCCUCUGGACCAAUUAAUACAGCCCUCUCUCCCCUGUCCAGCCAAUCCCACUCUACCCCUCCCACAAACAGCCAAUCAGAUUCAUUUAUACUUACUGUACAUCCCGCCCUCCUCCAUUCAGAACCAAGACUCACUAAUAUACUUCUGAUACGUCUGUUUUCCUAUAUACUUUCUCUUCUGUGUAAGUAGACUUUUUUUGUUGUGCCUUUGAAUCUGUCGGGCUACGUUGGGAUAUUUUGACCAUGUUUCAGUGGGUAGAGGACCGUGAACUUAGUGUUAUUGAUAUGACACACCCCCUACCUGGUAUUACUCCUGGACACUGUCAUAGCUAGAUUCCUAGGAAGUCCGAGCUGAUUGGUUCGUCUCUUAUCGACUCCUCCCAAACGUGCAAAACUUAUUUGAAAUGUAUUUGUUGGUGUGUUUAGAUUGAAAGACGGGGCAGGAUUUAGUUUUACAGAUGGUUGCUGUUGUCAUCCAUGUUCUUUUUUGGACAGAUGAGAAUAAAUGUUUAAAAUGUU